AUGAUGGGAAUGGACAGAGCCGUCAGGAAGCUUGGCGUCAAGAAAAGGGCGCCGAGACCUGACGUCACCUCUGUAGUAGCGCCAGUUACAGUUGUUAAGGACAACAGCGAUAAAAGAGAUGCCACUGAAAAUUUACCCGAGGAGAUGGAUGAAAUAAUGGAUAUCGAUAAAAUAUUGGAAGUUGAAUCCGCAUCUGAGAUUGAUGACGAAGAAGAUAGUGACGAGGGCUGGCGGGACGCUCUGGAGAUGGACCGUCUGGCGGUGGACCAGGUGGUAAACUCCUUAAAAAGGAUGGGCCUCAAGGUGACUCCCCAGAAAACCGAAAUCAUGUUUAUGCAUGAUGGGUCUAGGAUGGAGUCGCCUAGAGCUCAAGGCCGGAUAGAUAAUGUCUCCGUGAAGACGGGUCCCACACUGAAGGUGGCCAAUAUGUUGGGUAGCCUCCUGCCCAAACUCGGUGGCCCUAAAAGGAAGGCACGACGGCUGUACGACGGCAUCGUCCACUCCAUGGCCCUCUACGGGGCCCCAGUCUGGUCGGGCGAGAUGGCAACCAACCCGUGCAUUACCGCACUGGGUUACCGCGCUCAGCGGAUUGGUAAGAAGUUUAACUCCCGCUGCCACCACUGUGGUGCCGAGGUGGACUUGGCGCAGCAUAUCCUGGAGGAAUGUUCCUCCAGGAGCGCCGAGUCCUGGUCGGAGUGGUGGGGGCGGACCUCUCCCCUCGGUCCUUAUCAGGGCCAUAUACAAACGCGGCGAGACGCGAGUAAGUGGUUUAGUGCAGUGCUACAGAGAGCUUUCUUGAAAAUGUCAAUGGCACACUCUUCUGUGAGAACCUGCUCUCAAACUAUGACAUCGACUCCAGCGGAGAACACCUUAGAGGCUGUGCUGUUGCAGCUGCAGCAGCUGCGUGAGGAGCGGCGGCAGGAGAGUCAGGAGCAGUAG